CAAGAAAAUGUCAAUUUGAAGAGUGGUGCAUUGAUUGUCAAUUUAGCUGGUUGUCCUGCCAUUGCUGAGCGGGUGUCCUGAAUGAAGAACUUGUUUUCUAUUCAUUGAGAGAAGCACUUGUUUGGUGACAGAAUAAAUGAUUUUAUCAAGACAACAGACGACAUAAUUUUAAAACAAAAGGAACAGAUGCGACUUUUGUAAGCAGUUACAUUAUAUAUGUUUGCUUGUAUUGGUGGUCAGAGGAGAUGGUAGUCUUCAGGAAGAAGCCCACUAUGUCUGCCGUCAUUGUUAUUGUGUUUAUGACAAUUGCCGUUGUCCACGAUGCAGAAUCAGCAAGUGAAUUUUUCGUGGAGACCAUAUGCGAUGGUGAACCAGCAAGGACCCUAAGGUGCCCGAAGCAAAACGUCUUAUCGACGGUUUGGGCGAGUUAUGGACGGUUGCAUAAUGACAUCUGCAUUGAUGGUGAGCAGCUUAUCAACGUCACCUGCAAAGUCGACUUUGACACCGUGUUAGCCACAGUGCAGGAAACUUGCGACGAUUCUAAUACUUGUGAGCUGGAGUCAAGCAAAGAUGCUUAUGGUGAUCCUCCUGAAUGCAGAGGAGUGAAGAAAUACUUGCAGGUCUAUUAUCUCUGCAAGUCAGAGUUGAUUAAAAAGUCCAUUUGCGAGUUCAAUCCACCGGAAAAUAUCACAUGUCCGGAGGCACAAACUAUAGAAGUUGUCAAUGCUAACUACGGGCGAACAGAUAAAUGGACAUGCGGGGAACAACUAGCUGACAACAAUCGCUGCACGUCACCAAAUUCAGAUCAGAUAGUGAAAGAAAAAUGCAAUGGUCAAAACGUUUGCGAACUCGAAGCGUCCAAUGAAGCGUUUGGAAAUCCUUGCGGACAGACACACAAGUACCUUCAAGUGGAUUAUCAUUGUCAAACGGGAAAAAUUAUAAACAAAAGCUCGGGAGAAAUGAGUAAGAUGAUGAUUAUGAUGAGGACUUUACCAGGAGAAAAGGCCUAACGCGAACGGAGAACACAGAACAGAGCACAAAAAAGAUUUAGUGAUAACAUAUAAACAGACAGACUCAAUCAUAGUGUAGCCAGUGAUCUUCUUAAAGUAUUUUAUGGAAAUAGCAUUGAUUCUGACUUGCAAAGAAAGAAAUGGAAGCAAUACUGAAUAAAAGAGUACAGGAGAAAGAAUAAAUUAAACUGCAUCACCAAUUUCCUUUUGGUGCACAAGCACUUUCGUCUUAAAAUGCUUAGGUAGUUAACGUUCGAGGGAAAAGAGCACGAAGAAGGGUUUUCGCAUUGUAACUCUUCAUUUGCCAAAAAGUGCUAACUUAACUAGUGCUAGAUUAUUGGUUGUGGAGUUGAACAUUGGAGAGAAUAUAACCUUAUGAUCAUCAGUUAUCUUGCGCUUUUCGUUUUCCGCUCUUGCCAAAGUUGCUGUAGAACCACUCAGCGAAUAUUUAACUUAGCGUAAAUUUCGUGGAUCUGACGUGUUGACUCAGUGAUUGAUCAGAACAAGCUAUUGAUGUUGGCUACCUCUCCCUCCAAUGGGCACGUGAAUACAUUCAAACACAUACAUUGCGGCAGUAAACCUCUAGAUCCUACCAUCACAAUUUGCUAAAUUGUCUAUACUGGUUUUGGUCUUCAUUUGCUUCGUGAUUUUGCUGUGUAAUUAAAAAUUUUGGAAAUUGAACCUAUGAAAAGAGAUGGAAAAAAUGUAAAGGCAAGCAGGUGGCCCUAAAAUGAUAUUGAGCCCGUCACUAGGUAACUUUGAAGACACAUUUCGUUGAGCUCAGGUCAUUUUAAGGGUGAUAGCGACUUUUCGCCAAUUUGAUAUUACAGAGACGACGAUUUAGAAGCGAAUGUAAACAUACACCAAAGAAAGCAAAUAUCAGUUGUUUCAUAGCAACGUUUCUUACUUUCCUCACAAAUUUCACAUUCCUAUCUUGACAUAUAAAUGCCAACAAUGGAAUAGACUCUUACAUGGGUAAGACUCUUAACCCAAAAAACAUGCAUGCCUCUUUUAAAAUGAUACUCUGAGCUCAAUGUUAUAAGAAAUGCAUCGCUGCCAUUUUUUCUGAUGUAUAAUAUCCUUGCAUACAAAUCAUAGUGACAGUCAAAGUCUUUAUCGUUGUCAGUCCACUUGGGGAACCUUUCACCAUAUAUGUAUUGAGCACUGUAUAAUUUUAUGGCAUUUUCAUAAGCAUUACAUUUAAUUUUAUUUAUAUCAAGAUUACUAUUAUGAAAGAGCAGCUUAAUUUUAGACAUCUGGGUGUCAAAUAUUGCGAAAAGCAUAUGGCAAAGACAGUUUGUUUUCUUUUGGAGUUAUGUUAAUCGUCUUUGUCGUCAUUCCUCUCUUUACUCGUUUAAUUGUUUAUCUUUCAUUUGUUUAUCUUUCACAUUUUUUAGCAAGUUCAUUAUUCCGUGCGUAGAGAUUUAAUGUAGACGGCUUUUAUUGAGCAAACAGUGCAAAUGAAAAAAGAGUCAGACGGUUAUUGGUCACUUUGACCUUUGUGUUCGGACACGAGAGUACGAAACCGAAAAAUACGAUCGCUCUAAGGUGUUCAUGUGGACUGAGAGAAAAGGAAUUGAAGCAGCUGUAUUAUAUGUGGAAGUUAACUUUAUCUUGGGCAGUAUGUUUUAGUUACUUAAUUUCUGGGUUUUAUAGGCUUAGCCUACUUUGUCAGCGGUUUUUGGGUGUUGUGAUCAACUAAGCAAGUGUAUUCGAAUGAUUUUUGACCCUAUUCAC